AUGCCAGUGUGUUGUGCUCCAGCUUGUAUUCCCGCCAACUGCUCCUGCGGGCGAAUUGUCAUAGAUCCUGACCACGAAGAUGAAGCCGUGGCCAUAUUCAGCAAGUACCAGUCCGGCUUCGCCAGGCGCAUCAAGAAGGCAGAAGCAAUCAACAUGCUAGUGGCAGAGUUCAACCUUAACGAAAUCGACGCUCUCUUCAUCUUCCAGUCGUUUGACAAGGACGACAAUGGAGUCUUCAGUUUAUGGGAGUUCAGACAGUUCUACCAGACAAUUGGUUCCAAUGCUCGAGACAUGAUUGACCUGUUUCGGAGGCUGGAGGAGGGCUCCACGGGAACCGUGAAUAUCGAGAAGACUUUCGAUGCCCUCAGGAACAUUGACACUCCCAAAGGAAAGCUGAAUGACGAGGAAAUCGAGAUGCUACUGAAAGUGACCGCGGGAGAGUCCAAGACCAUCGACCUGCAGAAGUUUCUCAAUUUGAUGAGCAGGCUGAGAGUCUACAAAGGACCUGAGUAA